AUGGACGUGGACAUGUCGUCAGGCAGCGGCACGCCGCAGGCGCAACCACAGCAGCAGCAGCAGCAGCCAGAUUCACAGUCGUCGGCACCAGCUCCUCCCGCUCCAAGCACCUCAACAUCGACUUCCGCUGGCGGAGUGAGUUUUCGAAGACAGCGAGCAUCGCGUGCAUGCGAGGAGUCCAGAGCGACCCAAUUGGUUCUCGACUUCACCACAAACAGCAACAUUAACCAUCAUAUUCUGCAGGUUCGAUGCGACGCCGCAAGCCUUGGUGUGCCCUGCACCAAUUGCGUUGCCUUCCAGAUCGAGUGUCGUAUCCCGAAUCCGAAGCGCAAAAAGACACAGGGCUCUGGCAGCCAAACCAAUAAAGACUCCGAUAGGUAUGAGAAUGCGCCCCCAAUCGUUACUCGAUCCUCAACGCUGACCAGAGGCUUCGUGAUAUGUAGCGAUCGCGGCGAUGCAAACGAAGACCCUUCACCGCGCCCUGUGGCCCCUUCGAGCACCUCAUCACUCACCCCGCGAGCUCCUUCGGUAUAUCAUUCCAACAAUGGCACACCUCCCACCAACUGGACGGAAGCUCAAGCACGUAAAGAAGAGGUCGACAGUGGGACCUAUCUUGACCUUGUAAUGAAACCCAAGUUUACACGCGCUCCCAUUACCGAAGCUGGGCGGGUUGCAUACCUUGGCGAAUCCUCCAAUCUGACUCUACUUGUCCAUGAUCGCCAAGGCUCAGCAGAUGUUGUGCAUUAUCCACUGCCUGAGAACGUCCGCGGCUCUCGAGCUCGACUUACUGAACUUGACAACGUCGAAAUCGAUAUCCUACAUCAAAGAGGGGCGUUUCUACUGCCUCCACGAUCACUAUGCGACGAGCUCAUCGACGCUUACUUCAAAUGGGUGCAUCCCAUCGUACCCGUCAUCAAUCGUACCCGCUUCAUGCGACAAUAUCGAGACCCUAAGAACCCACCGUCGUUACUUCUUCUUCAAUCCGUUCUUCUGGCGGGUACUCGGGCCUGUAACAACCCACAGCUGAUGGAUGCCAACGGUUCAACGACUCCUGCUGCUCUCACUUUCUACAAACGUGCCAAGGCCUUGUACGACGCAAACUAUGAAGACGAUCGUGUGACAAUUGUUCAAUCUCUCCUUUUGAUGGGCUGGUAUUGGGAAGGGCCAGAAGACGUCACUAAAAAUGUCUUCUAUUGGAGUCGUGUGGCGACGAUUGUUGCGCAAGGCUCAGGCAUGCAUCGAUCCGUGGAACAGUCACAACUGAGCCGAGCAGACAAAAGGCUGUGGAAGCGCAUAUGGUGGUCCCUCUUCACCCGCGAUCGCUCGGUCGCAGUUGCUCUGGGUCGCCCAGUUCACAUCAAUCUUGACGAUGCAGAUGUGGAGAUGUUGACUGAAGACGACUUUAUUGAGGACGAGGUUGAUCGAGCAAGCGAGUAUCCUCCUGAUCCUAUCCACGUGCAGUUCUUUCUCGAAUACGUCAAACUGUGCGAAAUCAUGGGCCUGGUUCUAUCACAGCAGUACUCCGUGGCAUCAAAAGGAAGACAACGAAAUGCUAUCGACCUCACACACAGCGACAUGGCUUUAGCUGACUGGCUACAAAAUUGCCCAAAAAUUGUCUAUUGGGAGAUGCCUCGUCAUCAUUUCUGGUCCGCGUUAUUACACUCAAAUUACUAUACAACGCUAUGUCUUCUACAUCGAGCCCAUAUGCCGCCCGGUGGCUCAUCACGAUUGCCCGACCCUUCACCUUACCCCUCACGUAACAUCGCUUUUCAGGCGGCAGCUAUGAUCACAUCGAUCGUAGAAAACCUCGCCGCACAUGACCAGCUGCGAUAUUGUCCAGCCUUUGUUGUGUAUAGUCUAUUUUCUGCUCUCAUCAUGCACGUCUAUCAGAUGAAGUCUCCAGUGCCAUCGAUCCAGCAGGUGACACAAGAUAGACUGCGCAGCUGCAUGUCGGCCAUGAAGGAGAUCUCGCGAGUUUGGCUUGUUGGCAAGAUGGUUUAUGCUCUCUUCGAGUCCAUCAUGGGUAAUAAAGUACUGGAAGAGCGGCUACAAAGGGCUGAGGGCAAGCGACACCGGAACUUGCGCCAAAGUCUCUUGCAUCUUGAACAGCAACAGAAUCGACAGGCCGAGGCGCCGAAGCGGAAGUACGACGACAUGGCCAUCGACUUCGGCACCACUACUCCUCAGCCUCAAGAAUCGUAUGAGAGGUCGCGCCCCCAGACUCCGAGUGCUGUCAAGGUCGAAUCGGGAAGCACGAUGCAGCCGCCACCAGUCACGUCACCUAACGCGCGACAGAGUGCCGCAGAUACGUUCAUGGGAGGGACGAACUCGCGCCCGCAAACUCGGCCAGCAACACCCUUCAACCCAUCAUUCUCUGUACCACCAACACCUCCUGACCUCUAUCUUGUUACGAGGAAUUCUCCAAACUUAUCACAGUCCCUUUGGGAAAACUUCCAGCCUGACCAGUUGUUCCCAGAUAGUGCUGCCAUGCCAGCUUUCCCUAACCUGUCACCAACACAAACACACUCCAAUCUCGAUCACAAUGCAAUGGGCUCAGUACCUCCGAACAACGGACAAGGCGGGAUGCAUAGCCAACAAUCCGGACAUUAUCAACAACGAGGGAAUGGGAUGAUGCCCCAAGGUUUUCAGGGACAUUCGAAUAUGUGGCAGCCAAACAUGGAUCCGAAUUUGCCAGAAGGACAGAGCCCAGACAGUUGGAGCACUGCCUCGGGACCAGGGCAAGCGGUGCCAACAACACUAAAUGUCGAAGACUGGUUCCAAUUCUUUGGCAUCAACGGGACCGACGCUAAUCAUAUUAACCUUGACAUGCCCCUCGGCUGA